GCUUAGCAUAACUUUUCCACAUCAGCCCUAGUAGUCUGCGAAAUUCCCCCUUCUGUUCCCGCUCCUGCGUUAUUUCAUACGCCCAUUUUUGCAAUUCUCCCGCCAUUCUCAAUCCUCCCACCAUGUCCUCUCGCUUCCCCGCCCUCUGAUUCCCCUUCAACACACUCGCCAACACCUUCAUUCCCCCCUACAGAAUUCCAAUUGCUUUCCCAGCCCGUUUCCGAUUCCCAAUUCCGCUGCCCUUUUCCUCCUCCGCCUGCUUCCAAUGGCCGGAAUUUGAUCCCUUCUUCCCUACAGCUGCUGCUACUGAUCUCUAGGGUUUCCCAUUCCGUGUAGUGAGGAAGCUUUCGUAUAUGAAUCUUCGGUAACAGAGAAGUUAGAAAUUGGAGAUAUAGGUUGUGGUGGGACGAUGAGUGUUGUGAACAUCACCAACGUCACUGUAUUGGAUAAUCCUGCCCCCUUCUCUUCCCCUUUUCAGUUCGAGAUCUCCUACGAGUGCUUGACUCCUCUAAAAGACGAUCUCGAAUGGAAGCUCACCUAUGUGGGGUCUGCUGAGGAUGAAACAUACGAUCAACUAUUAGAAAGUGUACUUGUGGGACCAGUGAAUGUUGGGAACUAUCGCUUUGUCUUGCAGGCUGAUCCUCCUGACCCAUCCAGAAUCCGUGAGGAAGAUAUCAUAGGGGUGACAGUGCUUUUACUGACCUGCUCCUAUUUGGGCCAGGAGUUUGUUCGAGUUGGCUACUAUGUGAACAAUGACUACGAAGACGAGCAGCUAAGAGAGGAGCCUCCACCUAAGGUGUUGCUCGAUAAGGUUCAGAGAAACAUCUUGUCUGAUAAACCUCGUGUUACGAAAUUCCCCAUCAACUUCUAUCCUGAAGACGGAGAAGGCGCUGCGGAGGAACAACAGCCUCCAAAUGAUCAACCCAUUGAGGAUCAAAACGAUCAAGCCAUUGAAACAGAAGAAACUGAUGACCAACCGCUCCCAUCAUCACCUGAGCACUCUGCAGAGAAGGAGGAACCGUAAGUUGUCGUCUUCCAAGAAAAAUAAUCUUUUGUUUUCCUGUCUAGGGGUGCGAUGUCUUUUGGCCAUACAGUUUCUGGAAUUAUCUAUAGAGAAGGGUCUUAUUUCAAUUUGACAGGAAGUUAGAAUGGUAAUCUAGGCGGGUUUGGUUGACUCAUUUUGUAAUGUGAACAGUCACAUUAGUUGCGUCCUUGUACCUUAAUGGAGCCAUCUUAGUUUCUCGCAACUGAAUAGAUGAAUCCUACUACUACUACUACUACGUUUUUGGUUUCUCCUUU